AUGCUCUUCAACUGCCGCGCCCGGCAGCAACCUCCCCCGGCUCCGCCCAGGGCACACUGCAUGUACGUCGGCUGCACCCGCCAUGCCGUCAAGUGCGAGCAGAAGGCCAAGGGAAACAGGCCGCUUCAAUCGUUGUACUGCAAAGACCACGCAUGCCGCCAGCGGACGGGCGACCUCAUGUGUCCCAACGCCAAGGAGUCCAGCAUGACCAAGUUCUGCUCAGACCAUCGCCGCUGUCAAUCCGAGAGCUGCUCCAACACCCGCGUCUGCGCCGAUACCAGCCAGGACUGGCCGUACUGCCAGAAACACACGUGCUCCCUCCCCGGCUGUCACCAGAAGCGCUCCGCCGUCUCCCAGAUGUGCGUCUUCCACACGCCCCUCUGCCUGAUCCCCGGCUGCGGCCACCCGCGCACCGAGUGCGGCAUGUACUGCCCGAGCCACAGCUGCCGCGACCGCGACUGCAACGACGUCAUCAACGGCGGCCACUGGUGUACGGACCACCGCGUCUGCAAGGCCGAGGGCUGCGAGCAGAUGAGGGCCGUCACGGCCGGCGCGCGCUUCGAGGAGGUUUGCUGGCAGCAUCUUCCCACGGCCUGCUUGAAGACGGGUUGUCCCGAGACGGUCACGGGCGGAAUCCGGUUUUGUGUUCAGCACCGUUGCAUGUAUCCCCCUUGCCGCGAAGCAAAGGACAACGCGCAGGAUAAGACGCGCCUCUACUGCGUCAGCCACACAUGCCACCACGCCUCCUGCCCCCAACCGACCUCCAACCCCUCCAAGCCCUCAAAGGCCCUCUACUGCAUCACGCACACCUGCACCUCGUCCGCCUGCUCGCACCCCUCGAAGCCCUCGAGCGCCCACUGCGCCCUCCACGCCUGCCUGCACCCGUCCUGUCCGUCCCCGCGCACGUCCGACCCCCUCGUCGUGCCCGGCGCCCAGUUCUGCCUCGCCCACGAGUGCCGCGUCGAGGGCUGCCACGGCCCCGGCGGCGCGAGCGGCGGGAACUGCGACGCGGCGCACUCCUGCUCGAUCCCGGGCUGCCCCGUCCCGCGGUCCACGGGGAGCCCGUGCUGCGUGAUGCACGCGACCGUGAUGGCGCAGGACGCGGCGAAGACGUUCGGCGUGAAUGCUCCGCAGCAGCCGCCUUCGUCGACGGGGGCCACGGCGGCGGGACCGACGUAUCUGAGCCAGGUCGAGGAGACGCUGGGCCAGAGGCUCCGCGCGGAGAGGGAGCGGCACAUGGAGGAGAUGCGGCUGGAGGAGAACUUGCGGCCCUGGGAGGCUGCGGCGCGGGCUUGCGGUGUUGGUCUCGAGAUCAGGGGUCGGCGGGGACGCGGGGAGAGGGUGAGGAGUUGUGAUAGUGGAUAUGUUGGCAGUCCGAGUGUUUCUGAUGGGAGCAACUGCACUUAUGUGAGUUAG